GAUGCGCAGUGUCCUGUGUGCAAGAGUGACAAGUACCUCACGCCUAAUCUCAAACUUUUGGUUUCGCCAUGUUUCCACAAAAUGUGUGAAUCAUGUAUAGAUCGACUGUUUAGUGCUGGCCCAGCUCCAUGUCCGAUCUGUCAACAGGUCCUCAGAAAGAACCAAUUUAUGUCUCAGAUCUUUGAAGACCUGACUGUCGAGAAAGAAGUACGGAUCCGCAAGAGAGUUGCCAAAGUAUUCAAUAAACGUCCAGAGGAUUUUCCAAGUCUUCGAUUAUACAAUGAUUAUCUUGAAAUGGUAGAAGAUAUCAGUAAGUAG